GCAGCAGAGGGAAGUGAAAAGUCGCUCCUGUUCGCGUAGAAGUUGUCACGUCAACUCCUUCCUUAUAGCAAUGGCGACUGUUACGACAGAGUCAUUGGUGUCGACAAGACUUAGUGGAGUAUUACUAGUUGCCAUUCUUAAUUGCGUAUUAAUUCGACCGCUGACAGCUAUAUCUGAGCCGGGCAAAUGGAUCCUGAACGUGGACAGCGAAAUUAUCAAGAAGCAAAACUACUUCUAUUUUUCAAAGACAAUGUUCAAUGACAGUCUCAUUGAAUUGAAGUGGCUCACUGAGAAGUGCGAGUCUGUACACCUCACUAUAGCAUGGUAUUUGCGGAGUUCCCCUUGCCAUGAUGAAAUGUUUGGACUUGAUGCUGAAAUGGCAAAAAAUUAUUUUGACAAUGGUCAAGUGCAACGUGAAGGAGGCAAUGGAUUCUACAUAACCCACAAGUACUCUCCGAUAACGUGCACCCAACACAUGUCUGGAAAUGUGCUUGCAGUAAAGGAGCUUGAUAGGCCAAUAAAGCUGGAACCACUAUCUCAGUCAUCCAUAACUACUCAAGGCAGGCAGAGAAGAGACAUAGAGAAGACAGAGGACCAAAAUAAAAAUGAUCAGGCUGCCGCAGAAAACAAAUCAAGUGCUGCAAAAAGCAAAGACUCUUUAUCAGUGGAUACACUGAGGUCUAAAACGGACAACACAGUGGCACGAACCUGGGAAGACAGUCCUUAUAUGUUCAUCAUCAAAAUUGAGGAGUCUAAACCUACAACACAUUGGAGCAUACAGUUGGAGGUCAGGAUGAGGGGCCCCUAUGACUAUAUUUCGGCAUCUGAAUGGCCUUUGAUGAUUUUCUACAUGGUGAUGUGCAUCAUCUAUGUGAUUCUGGGUGUGCUGUGGUUGGCUCUUUCGGCUUGUUACUGGAGAGACCUGUUGCGGAUUCAGUUCUGGAUUGGAGGAGUGAUCUUCCUGGGCAUGCUUGAGAAGGCAGUCUACUAUGCAGAGUUCCAGAGUAUCCGCUAUGAUGGCCACUCAGUUCAAGGUGCAGUGGUUUUUGCUGAGGUGCUUUCGGCUGUGAAAAGGACCCUGGCUCGAGUGCUUGUCAUCAUUGCUAGCCUUGGAUAUGGCAUAGUCAAGCCCAGACUAGGAGCUUUGCUGCACAGGGUUGUGGGGGUGGGACUGCUCUACCUUAUCUUCUCCAUCAUAGAGGGUGUCUUGAGGGUCAAUACGGCUGAAGAUGAUCUGGUGUUGCUGGCUGCCAUCCCCUUGGCUGUUCUCGACUCUACCCUCUGCUGGUGGAUCUUCAUUAGCCUGGCCCAGACAAUGAAGCUCCUUCGACUGAGGAGAAAUGUGGUCAAGCUCUCCCUUUACCGACACUUCACCAACACGCUCAUAUUCGCCAUCAUCGUUUCUGUUAUAUUCAUUAUUUGGACAACAAAGACCUUCAAGUUAUCAAAGUGCCAAUCUGACUGGAGGGAGCUGUGGUUAGAUGAUGCCUUCUGGCGCUUCCUUUUCUCAACUAUAUUGCUCGUCAUCAUGUUCUUGUGGAGGCCAUCAGCCAACAACCAGAGAUAUGCCUUCAGUCCACUGGUGGAUGAGGUUAGUGAGGAAGAAGAGGGGGAGCAGCUAAUGAAUGACGCCUUCGAGGGUGUGAAAAUGAGAGGAAUGAAACCAGAGACCAAUGGAAAUGUAAACGGCAGCAAAGUGGAUGAAGAUCUCAGAUGGGUUGAGGAGAACAUUCCCUCUUCAAUGGCUGAUGUUGCACUACCGCCUCUGCUAGACUCAGACGAGGAGAUCAUGACGACGAAAUAUGAGAUGUCCAAAAUGGAGUAGGUCUUUAAAGAAGAUGUAUGUAUUGUAAAUAAUAUGUAUGUGUAAUACAAUGCACAAUUGCUUUAUCCCAAAUGAUAAGAGCUUUUCAUAAGCAACAUCUGUAAAGAUGUGUGAUGAUGAGGGUAAUGCACUAAAAGACUUUUUGUUUUAUUUUUAAUUGCCUGUUUGUAUUUAUAUUUUCUCAGAAAUUAUGGUGUACUGGUUUCUUAAGUGUAAAUUGCCUUUUUCUGUUGUUUACAUAAAGUACAAAAUGUAAUUAAAACAA